UGUUUCACAAUAUAUACACAGUAUAGUAGUGUGUGUUACGUUUAUCUCUCAGGUAAGUUAACAACAGAGAAGAACAAAAAAAUAAAAAGAAAAAAAAUGGCGAGGAAAGGGAAAGAAGUGUUGAACGCUUUAGAUGCGGCAAAAACGCAGAUGUACCAUUUCACAGCGAUUGUAAUCGCGGGUAUGGGAUUUUUCACUGAUGCUUACGAUCUCUUUAGCAUCUCUCUAGUUACGAAGCUCCUUGGCCGCAUAUACUACCAUGUCGAUGGCUCCAAGAAGCCUGGAACGCUCCCUCCAAACGUUGCUGCUGCUGUUAAUGGCGUUGCCUUCUGUGGUACCCUCGCUGGGCAGCUAUUCUUUGGCUGGCUUGGAGACAAGCUUGGCCGCAAGAAAGUCUACGGUAUUACUUUGAUGGUCAUGGUACUAUGUUCGCUCGGGUCGGGUCUAUCAUUCGGUCACUCAUCAAACGGAGUGAUGGCCACACUCUGUUUCUUCCGGUUCUGGCUCGGUUUCGGCAUAGGCGGCGACUACCCUCUCUCGGCCACCAUCAUGUCCGAAUACGCCAACAAGAAGACACGUGGCGCAUUCAUAGCAGCCGUUUUUGCCAUGCAAGGCUUCGGAAUCUUGGCCGGAGGAAUCGUGUCUCUCAUCGUCUCGAGUGCGUUUGACCACGCGUUUGAUGCGCCGACCUAUGCCGUUGAUCCGGUGGGAUCAACUGUACCGCAGGCUGAUUACGUGUGGCGGAUUGUGCUCAUGUUUGGAGCUAUUCCGGCGUUACUAACUUAUUAUUGGCGGAUGAAGAUGCCGGAAACUGCUAGGUACACCGCUCUGGUUGCUCGGAACACCAAACAAGCGGCCGCCGAUAUGUCUAAGGUACUUCAAGUUGAUCUAAUAGCAGAAGAAGACCCACAGACAAACUCAUCUUCAUCAAACCCAAACUCCUUCGGCCUAUUCUCCAAAGAAUUCGCCCGCCGUCACGGCCUCCACCUCGUCGGCACAACCACGACAUGGUUCCUCCUCGACAUCGCCUAUUACAGCAGCAACCUCUUCCAAAAAGACAUAUACAGCGCCAUAGGAUGGAUUCCCGCCGCCGAGACAAUGAACGCAGUCCACGAAGUCUACACCGUCUCCAGAGCUCAAACUCUCAUCGCUCUCUGCGGCACCGUACCUGGCUACUGGUUCACCGUCGCGCUCAUCGACUACCUCGGUCGCUUCUUCAUACAGCUGAUGGGUUUCAUCUUCAUGACCGUCUUCAUGUUCGCGCUGGCCAUACCGUAUGAUCAUUGGAGACAUAGAGAGAACAGGAUUGGUUUCUUGGUUAUGUACUCGUUGACUAUGUUCUUUGCCAACUUUGGUCCUAACGCGACGACGUUCGUUGUUCCGGCGGAGAUUUUUCCUGCGAGGCUUAGGUCGACUUGUCAUGGGAUAUCGGCGGCCUGUGGGAAGGCGGGAGCUAUUGUUGGAGCUUUUGGGUUUCUUUACGCGGCGCAGAGUACUGAUCCGAAGAAGACUGACGCUGGUUAUCCGCCGGGGAUCGGAGUGAGGAACUCGCUGUUGAUGCUUGGUGGUGUUAACUUCUUGGGGAUUGUUUUCACUUUGUUGGUUCCGGAGUCGAAAGGGAAGUCUUUGGAAGAGCUUUCGAGAGAGGAUGAGGAAGGCGGCAGUGGAGGUGGAGGUGAUGCGAGGGAGAUGAUGGAUGUAGCGAAUUCCGGUAGAACAGUCCCAGUUUGAUAUUUGGGUUUUCCGGUUUUGUCCUAACCGUUGGUUGUGGUUACUAUACAAAUGAAUUAAGGGUUUUAGAUUUUGCUGUCUUCUCUGUGUCUCCAUUGAACAGUUUUCACUUUUGUCUAGAAGCAGAUACAGAUUCUUGAACCCAUUGAACUGUUCACAUUAACAUUUUGUUGUC